AUGUCCGAGCCGGCCGAUCCCCGGCCUGCAUCUUUGCCGUCGGAGACGGGCUUAAAGCCCAUGAGGGACUUGAUGAGAGCACUGAAGGAUAAAAGUCGAGGCCCUACAAAUGACCUUUUGGCCAAAGCCUUUCAGGACUUCUUCGCCGUGCGGGUCGCGUCCCCGGGGGUCAUCACCGGUUUUCAGGCACGUCUGCUCAGCGUAACGUGGAAACAUCUACAAGCUCAGAAGGAUGACUUGGAGCCUGAAGAAUGGCAAGCCGUCUUUUCGACCGAGAGCCUGGAAAACAUGUUGUUUGUGUUGUCGGAGACGACAUGUCUGCCGGAGUCGCGCGAGGUGGUCCAAAGGGUGGCCCGUUUUGCCUACCUGGAGCUUUGCGCGGAUGAAGGGUUUGGCCCCAACCAAAUCAGCCGGCCUGCCCUCAUUGCCUACGUGAAUAUCCAAGCCUUGACUGGCAAUCCCGAAGAAGCCCGUCACGUUGUGGAGUACUUUUGGGCCAAACUGCACAAAACCAGCCCCUCUCCGUGGCUCACGGUUAUGAGAGGAUUUGCUACCAACAACGACCAGCAACAACUUCGCCAGACCGUCGAAAUGCUCGACAAUUAUGGCGUCAGGUUUGAUGGCACUUCUCACGAGGACUUGGUAGAAAUUCUCAUCAAACAAGAUCUCCUGGAAGCAGUCAAAGCGAUCUUUGAAUGCCCUCUGUUUGGCCGCCAGGAACCAACCCUCGCCGCCAAGCAAGCGGUUAUAAGAUAUGCGAUUCUUCGCUCGGAGACGUCUUGGGCGGAACCCAUUUUUCAAUCCAUUGCGCAGGUACCUCUCGCAGAGAACAUGGGCACCACGCUGCUUUGGGAGGCCGCUCAUGGUAAAGAUGCAUCGGGCAUUGCAGACAUGGUCAGGUCGUUGGUGGCUCGAACCCCCGAAGCAAAGGCAUCCAUCGAUAUCUCGUGCGUAAACCUUCUGUUGGAGUACGCCAAUUCUCGUAGCAACCCUGAGUUAGCCGCAGGAUUUGCUUCUCUGGCGCCACAGUGGGAGCUAGAGUCCGAUGUACAAACGCGCCUAUUGCAGCUGGAAUCGAAUAUCCAAGCCCGGAAUGUCAGCGGAACAGUGCAAUGCCUCCAGGAUCUUCGCGAUUUUAAUUCCAUCGCUCUUGGGAACCUGCCGCUGAUGAAUAAACUCGUUACGAUGCUCUCUUUGUCGGGGCAGGAAGAUGCCGUCUUCGAUCAGGUUUCGUCCUUCCUUGACCCGCUCUUCGAAAAUCAUGUGCGCUUGGACUCGGAGACGCUUGCAGCAUUGACACGCAUGCUGCUCUACCGCCACGACUGGGAGGGCGUGUCGGAACUCCUCCGCCCGCGUCUCGCCCUGUACGACUCGGAGGAACGAAGCAGGGUCCGGAAUGCGCUGACUGACUUCAUCAUGGACCAUUCUCAAGACAGUGCUGAUGCAUGGGAUGCCUACGAGCUCCUGCGGCUUGCAUUCCCGGAGACGGGCGUGGGCAAGCGAACCGAGAUUAUGACCUCGUUUUUCAACCGCGACCGGGGUGAUCUAGCAUUCCUCGUGUUUGGGCAUAUGCGGCAGGCUGAAGAGUUCUCGCGACGUCCCAAGCCGGACACCUAUGCCAAGUGUUUCCAAGGCAUUGCUCGAACCCGGGAUGUGAAUAACCUGGAGUUCGUCCACAACAUGCUCAAGCUAGACGUCGAGGUCGAUUUGAACACGCAGCUCCUGAACCGGCUCAUGCUCGCCUACGCAACCUGUGAUAUGCCGGAAAAGAGUAUGAAGGUCUUUCGCGAGAUCCUCCAAUCGAAGGAGGGCCCGACGCACAAAACCAUCGCCGUCUUUUUCAAAAUGUGCGCCAAACACCCAAGCGGAGUGCACGAGGCCGUCAAGAUGAUGGAUAAGGUCAAAGUUCUUGGUAUUGAGAUGGAUCGUCGUUCGUACACUGCGUAUGUCGAGGCUUUGGCUGCGCAGUGUGAGUUCAAACUGGCCACGGAAGCUCUGGAGAAGAUGCACAGCGAAAUUGGACAACUUCCCACCAAAAUGUCGAUUGCUCAUCUCUACAACGCGCUCCCGUAUCAAUUCUGGAAGGACGAAAUGGAGAAAUGGACCCGGGAAAAGUAUCCCGACCUGUGGGCUCGGCUAGAGACGGUCGAACGCUCGGAGCAGGAAGAGGGGCUUCGUUUCGAGGUGAAAAGCAACGAAAUCUUUGUCUAG